GCUGGUGUCUGUCGCCCGCGCUUUCCUUCGCGUCCGUGGAGGUCGGGUCUCCGUGCGGGGCCGGAGCGGGGUGACGCGCGUGUCUGUGCGGCCGCCUGCUUACCCGGCGCCGCCGCGGGCUGCGCACCCCGUGUCGGUCUCCGGCGGCCAGCGGCCCGCGGAGCCUCCCGGAGCCUGGGUCGGAGCGGGGCGGCGGCGAGACAGACGCGGCGGAAGAGAGGUGCUGGCACGUUCCAGAGAUGUACAUGCAGGUGGAGACACGCACCGGCUCCUGCCUGCACCUCAAGAGGGCUCCGGGCAUCCGGUCCUGGUCCCUGCUGAUCGUCCCUUUCAUGAGCCUGCUUAGCCUCCUGGCCGUUGGCAGUCCUGCUGCCUCGGGGACCGCUGCACAUGUGUUGACUGGACCAGGAAUCUUGUCCAUUGGCCUGGCUGCUGCCUACUACAGUGCAGAUAGUCUGGGCUGGAAGCUCUUCUACGUCACAGGCUGCCUGUUCGUGGCCGUGCAGAACUUGGAGGACUGGGAGGAAGCCAUCUUCAGCAAGAGCACCGGCAAGGUCAUUUUGAAGACGUUCAGCCUCUACAAGAAGCUGUUGACUCUCUUCCGAGCCGGCCACGAUCAAGUGGUAGUCCUGUUGAAUGACAUCCGAGAUGUGAACGUGGAGGAGGAGAAGGUCCGGUACUUCGGGAAGGGCUACAUGGUGGUGCUCCGGUUUGCGACAGGUUUCUCCCACCCCCUCACCCAGAGUGCAGUCAUGGGCCACCGCAGUGAUGUGGAAGCCAUUGCCAAGCUCAUCGCCAGUUUCCUGGAGCUGCACCAUCUAGAAAGCCCCAUGGAGCUGUCUCAGAGCAGUGACAGCGAGGCCGAAGACCCCAGGAGCCAGCACUGACAGAUGCCACCCACAGAGAAGCCCCUUGGCCUUGGCUCCUGACAGGGCCCCUGGCUGAGCCGCCCACCCAGAGGCUCCAGGCAGGGCUGGACUGUCUGCAUCUGGCCCAUUCCUGCUGCUGCUUCUAUCUUCUGUGUGAGACCACGGGCUGGGCCUUCUCCCAGGCUAGGACAGGCCGGUGUCAUGUCCAGGGGAGGCACAGGCUGUGGAGCUCAGAAAUCAGCGCCUCCCUGGAACCUGAUGGUGGCUUGGCUUGGGCAUUGUGGCCCUGUCUGGACAGACCUGCUCCAGGUCUCCAAAAUGCAGAGGCCGCCUGGGCUUUCUCCAGUGCAGGGCUCGGACUUCCUGAAGCCAGGUUUGCCAGCCCUGGCAUCUCGUACGAGUUCAGCUCACAACUUCCAUGUGCAGGAGGGGAGGGCCACCGCUGGGUCAGGUCCCUCUGUGGACACUGAGGCUGGCAUGCUGUCCCAGUGUCCCUUGCCCCAGAUGCAGCAUCCCUUCCCUGGUUGGACUUCCUCAGUAGUCAGGGGCCUCCUCAAGGGCAGUCUUUGGGUGGCGGGGUGUGGGGAGCGCGGGGUGAACACCUAGGACCUGCCUGGCUCUGCGUGCUCCCAGGAUCCCACCUCCCCCACACCGAUGUGCUGCCUGAUGGCUCAUCUUGGGUCCCAUGAGGACUGGCCCUGGGCUGUUGGCCAUGAGAGGAUUCCUCCAAUGCCCACCCUCAGCCAGGGCAGAAGCCACUUGUUGAGAGAAGAGGUUAGCUCUUCUAGUAUUGUGCAGUGCUUAAAACCCAAAAGUUUAUGCAGAAACCACAUUCCAGCCUCUCCUGAACCCUGGGAGGACCUGGCAGGAAGGGGCUGAGGUCUCAGCUGCAGCCGCUGCCAUAGAGGCUGAACGCCAGCCCCCACUGACCUGCACCUUCUCUUGAGUCCAGCCCCUUCCGAGGGGCAGUUUCCAUCAAGAGUGCCCAGUCUGGCCCCUAGGCCUCUGAGCUGAGGACUCCUGAGGCUGCACACCUGGGAAGGACCAGGUAGGACUGGAAACGCUUGCAGUGUUGCCCAGAUGCAGGGGUCAAAGGCUCCUCGGCACCCUGGGCCUGGGCAGGGCUCAUGGUUUUGCCCUGGGUGCAGCAGGGUAAGCAGCUUUGCCCCGGGUCAGGCCGGCCACGUUGGUGACCAGGACAGGAAAGUGAUGAGACCCUCUUUGCAGUGGCUGCCAGCCAGCCCCUAGUUGGGGGACAGAGUCAUUUAAACGUGCCAUAGGUUUUAAAUGGUUAAAUCUGAAAUGUCUUUCCUUCCUAAAAUGAAAAGUGUGAAAUGCAGUUGAGGUUUCUCGUUUGCCCCCCCCCCCCCCCCCAGGCUGUAAGAUGCUUUAGAUGCCCCCACCCCGCCCCGAGGGCCAGGGCUCCUUCCUAGACGGAGGGACUUGACGGCCUUGACUAAAACCAACUGUAAACCAGGGUCAUAAUAAAGAAUGUUCCAAAUUUCUGUGGGUGGGACUUCUAGCGUCUACUUUUUAUUUCAAAGAAAUUAAUAAAGUUCUACAUGCAGAUCAUAAAA